AUGGACAGUGAUAGCGGAGACGUUGAUGGUGUAGGGUGUGGCGGUGCCGGUGGUGGUUUAGGCGCCGGAGGUAUUGGUGCUGGAGGUUUAAAUCCUUAUAAGCAUGUGGCGGCAGAUAUAAGAAAAGAACGUCUUCCCCCACAAGAUGAUUUGCCUCCUCCACCACUAAGGUUCGUCUACAACAAAGACCGUGGUGACACUAAUCUGUACAAAGAACUGGAUGUAGAAGGCUUUGCAGAUAAAGUGAAAUUGGGGAAUAAGAGAUUUGAACCUAUGAAGAAAGUUGGUGCAAGUAGCAUGUCUGUGGGUUCACUAAAGAAUGCUAUGGCCCACGGGUAUUUCCGUCCAGUGAAGGGUGCAACUCCAGAAACCAUCACUCGUUUACUUGAGACUAAAGGCCCGAUUGGUUUCACUCUUGAUUUCAUCACUCCACUUGCAGACCUUCGAGAUGGAAUUUACAGGGUUCCCAAGCCAAUAGAUGGAAUCAAGAGGCACGUAGUCAUGAUCGUGGCGCAUGGAUUAACUUUAGAGCGAGAAAUAUUCUUUGAGGUGCAGAACACGUGGGGGACAGAUUGGGGAGUCAAUGGACAUGGGAGGAUCAUCAUCAGUGGAUCUACUGAUGAUGUUUUUUUACCUGGAUGA